AUGUCUGUUUACGCUACCGACGACGACGCCGCUCCGCGUCAAUAUUCUGAGGAGAUGUUCAAACUCAGCCCAGAUCUCGGAUCUCGCCACCGAAUCUACCUUGCAUGCGCUCUACAACCAACCACGGCGAACGACCCCACCUCUCCCCACAGACCGCACAUAGACGGUGUGGUGCGCUUUUCUCCACCAAUGUCUAGUAGUGCACCCGAUGACCUAGAGAAUGAACUACUUGGAAGGAUUGAAUACGAUAAGAUCGAGAUCUUCGGUCGCCUGAAGCUUCAACUAGUAGACGACAACCUUGUGCACCAGUGUCGCCUCGCUUUUGAUAGAGAUGAUCGUGUUGCUGAAUCCAAGAUGGAACUCAAGACGCUUGUGGCCAGCGCAAACGUUUUGUCUCUGGACAAACUCGAGGACCAGCAAUGCAGGAGUCUACUCAAUAACGGAGAGUGGGAGCUCGAAAUGUAUCCGCAUCUGCGCGCACUCUUCGACUUCAUCACGGAUUUCUCCCCUGCAACUUGUCUCCGGCGGUUGGUUGAGACCCCUGGACCCCUUCAAGAUGACGACAACUCUCACACCCUGGAAUCCCCGAAGGCCGUACCGGAUUUCAGCUUGCUCAGUGAGGCCCCUCUGCAGGCGAAGGCGUCCGAACAGCCACACCUGUGGAGUGACACACCGCUCUCCCCAAUCUACGACAUGUGGGAGCACACAGACGUGUUCAUUCGUGUGAUACGGAGCCUGACUUCUGUCGUGAUCGACUUUGACCUUGGCCAGGACCGGACUGCCCCCCCCCGUUUGGAGCUCUCUGUCGCUCUUUGGUCGUGGGACCUGGGUGUGGGAGCGAAAAUGAUCAUGAAGACGGCAUGGCGACAAGGAUAUCGCAGCUCCGAGUCGAUCAUUCAUCGGAGGAUCAAGGGUGCGCAUCGCGGCCUGGCCAAGCCCUUGGUGGGAGCCGAUGUCGAGUACCGCGCGGCCGGAAAGCGUCCCGAACGCAUGUCUGUUCAAUAUUUGCGUUUGGGACAGAACGACGUCAAUGAUGGAUCUCCGCACGGUUGGGCGACCACUAUGGGAAUACGGUCUGAGCUUGAACUCUUGUUGGGUGUGCGUGCAGCUCUGGAUGCACACGAGUUCCUCUGUGACCAAGGUAUUGUUCAUCGGGACAUCAGCCGUAGCAAUAUUCUACUCCGAGACACGAAAUAUGACCCAGAUAGUGGGCCAGAUGGCGGCGAGGGUUUCCUCACAGACCUCGAGUUUGCCCGGAUCCCGGAUGCAGUAACGGUCAUUGAAGGCGUUGGAGAAUCGCAGCGGACACCUACCAGGUGGAGAGAACAUGGAGCUCCACUUACGGGAAAUGUUCAAUUCAUGGCGCUCGACAUCUUGAGAGCUGGAAACGGUAGUAUUGAGCACACUGCCUGUCACGACGUCGAGUCGUUCAUCUGGGUUCUUGGCUAUUGUGUGUUGCGCAAAUUGGUCAACACGUUGAAGGACAAGGUACCAAGAAGAGACCCUGGCCGGAAAGCAGUGGAGGAAGCUUUUCACGACGCUUUUGGACAUAAUAAUGUUAGAUCAGUUCUGAAAAGCAGAGUGGCAUGCUUGCCUUUGACGUGGCUAGCCGCCAGGAAGCCGCAAGAGACGUUGAGUUCAAUCAAGGGCAAUGUCUCUAUCCUCAUGGCUAUCCUUUUCAAUGACCUUCGCUUUGUUCUUCCUAUCCAAGAGGAGGCUGAUCCCCAUGUUGAAAAGGUCCGGCGGGCACUGGGCUAUCCAGCCACUACUUCACCGAAACCUCCGCUUACGCAUGCCAUCUUGCGCGAAAUGCUGGAUACCACGAUCAAAAAUAUCCGUACUCAAGCAGCGCAGUGGCCUUAUUCCGGACUCCGGACCAAGCGCCCCGCCAUCGUCGCUAAGUUUGAUGGCUAA